AUGGCUGUCUUUUGCGGGAAACGCCUGGCGGACCCGAACGCGGGUUGCCAUAUUGAGAGCGAGGCCACUCGCCACUCGACCAAACGUUCCUGUUCGGCGAGAGGCCAUCGGUCCCACUAGCCGUCGCUAUUGUUUGCUUGGGCGGCGGAGGCGUGUCUUAGAUGAUGUCAUGCAAAUGGCGCACGGUUCUCGGAGUCGGUCCCACUAGCCAUCGCUUGGUCGCUAUUGUUUGCUUGGGCGGCGGAGGCGUGUCUUAGAUGAUGUCAUGCAAAUGGCGCACGGUUCUCGGAGCCGACUUCGCGUUGAUUUACGAGUGUAGCGCCUUUGCUUCUUUUUGGGGCUGUCUACAGAAGUUGUGAGUAAACUGUGAUUUCAAUUCGAGCCUUGUUUAAGAGCUGGAGGUCAUGCGGAUUCAUUAGAAAAAGUUGAAAUUCAAACGAAAACAUUAAAAGUUUUAUCGAAAAAACUAUAAAUAGAAAGUUCAAUUUCAGAUUUCCCUCCCGGUUCUGACACAAAAUUCACGACGACUCGACUGUUCACAUUGGCCGAAGUUGGAACUGGACGCAUGAAACUAGGGCUAGGUUAAUUUUUUCAGGCCAUUCUUUCUACUAGUUCGGAAUUUUCAGAGGAUUCGCCGACUUGUUCGGAUGAACACUGGGCAUAG